UGGGGAGCCAGGGGACAGGAUGGCCCCGCAGAGAGCUGUACAGCUGUCCCCGAAGACGCCCACCCAUGCCGUGUGUGUGGUGGGAGUUGAGAUGCUCGUGGACGUUCACAGCGAUGUGCCCAAGGGCGCCAAGACCUUCGGGGUCUCUGGGAGCUCAGGGGUGGAGGUCUCUGUGGUCUACAAUCCCACACGGGUGACAGAACCCACAGGCAAGGCCCGCUGGCCCCUGGAUGCCAAAGUGGAUGUGGUUGUAUCCGUGGACACAGCCAGUAAGGACUUAGACGACCGUAAGGUGAAGGUCUUCUACUUCGGGGAGCCCGAGGGGGAUGCCCUGGGCCACAGCGUGCUCUACCUCACUGGCGCCGACGUUUCCCUGGACGUCGACACAGGCCGCACAGGCACGGUGAGGAGAAGCCGAGGGGACAAGAAAACCUGGCGCUGGGGCCCUAAGGGCUAUGGGGCUGUCUUGCUGGUGAACUGUGAUCGGGACAGUCACAGGUCCAGGGAGCCCGACCUUGCCAACAGCCAGCUGAUGACACUGGAUGACCUGCAGGACAUGUCCCCGAUGGUGCUGAGCUGUGAUGGCCCCGACGAGCUCUUCCACACUCACAAGCUGGUCUUAGACAUGUCCUUGUCCGACUCCGAAAGAGUGGGGGUCUUCUGUGCUCGGGGUGGGAAUUCCCUUGAGGACUACAAGCAGGUUCUGGGGCCCAGACAGCUGUCCUACAAAGUCGAGCGGCAGCGGGGGGAGCGGGAGAUCAGAUUCUAUGUGGAGGGGCUCGCCUUCCCUGACGCGGAUUUCCUGGGGCUGGUUUCCCUCCACGUCAGCCUGGUGGACAUGCGGACCAUGCCUGCGGUGACCCUCUUCACAGACACCGUGGCCUUCCGCGUGGCCCCCUGGAUCAUGACCCCCAACACCCAGCCCCCCGAGGAGCUGUAUGUGUGCAGCGUGAUGGACGCUCAUGGAUCAAAUGAUAAAUUUCUGGAAGCCAUGUCUCACCUGGCAUCGAAAGCCAACUGCAAGCUGAUCGUCUGCCCUCGGAUUGAAAAUCGAAAUGACCGCUGGAUCCAGGACGAGAUGGAGUUUGGCUACAUUGAGGCCCCGCACAAGUACCUCCCCGUGGUCUUCGACUCCCCCCGAAACAGAGGCCUGCGGGAUUUCCCCUAUAAGAAGAUCCUGGGUCCCGACUUUGGAUACGUAACCCGGGAGAUCCUGUCCGCUGGCGCCUCCAGCCUGGAUUCCUUUGGCAACCUGGACGUGAGCCCGCCCGUCGCGGUGGGCGGCGUGGAGUACCCCCUGGGCCGGAUUCUCAUCGGCAGCAGCUACCCCAAGUCCGGCGGGCGACAGAUGGCCAGGGUGGUGAGAAACUUCCUGCAGGCCCAGCAGGUGCAGGCGCCCGUGCAGCUCUAUUCGGACUGGCUCUCCGUGGGCCACGUGGACGAGUUCCUGUGCUUCGUGCCCACCUCCGACCGAAAGGGCUUCCGGCUGCUCCUGGCUAGCCCCAGCGCUUGCCUCAAACUCUUCCAAGAGAAGAAAGAGGAGGGCUACGGGGAGGCGGCCCAGUUUGAUGGGUUAAAAUACACAGCAAAGAUAAGCAUUAAUGAGAUGCUGGUGGACAGACGCCUCCAGAGCGACAGUCUCCACGCACAGAAAUGCAUCGACUGGAAUCGCGAGGUGCUGAAGCGGGAGCUGGGCCUGACGGAGCGCGACAUCGUGGACGUCCCCCAGCUGUUCUCCGUGAGGGGCUCCUACGCGGAAGCCUUCUUCCCGGACAUGGUCAACAUGGUGGUCUUGGGCAGGUACCUGGGCAUCCCCAAGCCCUACGGACCCAUCAUCAAUGGCCGCUGCUGCCUGGAAGAGAAAGUGCGGUCCCUGCUGGAGCCGCUGGGCCUGCGCUGCGUCUUCAUCGACGACUACCUGUCCUACCACAAGCUGUUGGGGGAGAUCCACUGUGGCACCAACGUGCGCCGGAAGCCCUUUCCCUUCAAGUGGUGGAACAUGGUGCCCUGAGCCGGCGCCCACCGCCGUCCUGUCUGCCCUCUUGCUGGGGGACCCAACCCUCCUGGACUCCGUCCUCUUGGGGGGGCCUU